UUCAAAACACAAACAAAAUCCCUCUACUCGUCGGAUUGUUGAGAUUUUAGUUUACAUUGUUGUCUUUCGAGAUCUUCAACUUAAAGGGCUUCCGUCUGACAUGUCGUCAAAAUUUGGUCAUUUCUGGAGAACCUUGCUAAGUCAACUUUUUCAUAAGAGAGACACUUCUGCCCCGGAUGGUGGCUUCUGUUGUCGUCGGGUAUCUGAGCCACCACAGACCUCCUCCAUCGACAUGGUUCUGUUUGGGUUCCGUGGUUCCACAACUUAUACGUCGUCUCUCCUUAGACUUUAUUGUUCCAGGAUGAGACAUAGCCAGGAAAAGGAUCAGCCAUCAACUUCAACAUUUUUCUUCUUCCCUGGUUGGGCAAAAUGGAUGUUUGGCUCCUUAUUGUCCCUCUUGGUACCCAGUUGGAAUGAAUUGAAAACUCUUGAAGAUGAAGCUGAAAUGGUAAUCGAAGAGGCCGAAAAUGUAGCAAAAGUAGUAGAAGAGGUAGCAGAACUAACAGAGAAGGUAUCAGCAGAAAUUGCUGAAAAGCUUCCUGAGAAGAGUAAACUCAAAGAGGCAGCUCAAGUUGUAGAAAAUUAUUCCAAGGAAGUUGCCCAUGAUGCUCACCUAACACAAGAUAUCCUCCAUAAGGUGGAAGAGUGGAAGCAAAAGCUAGAUACGUCGGAGACAAUUGUGAAUGAACAAAUUAAGAAGAAAUAAGGCAAAUUAAAGCAAACAAGUGAAAAUGUAUUUAAUUAUAAAGAACAAUAUAGCAUGUAAAAAUUCUUUUCUCAAACAAAUUAUAUAUAUAUAUAUAUAUAUAUGUGGUUGAAUCAGAAUUUUGA